AUGGGCAACGCGGCUUCACAGGACGUGGGGCCCUCAAACCGAGAGAAACCAGAAGAGCUUGGAUCGUCAACCGGUGAUACUGUCGGAAUUGCGAGCUCCCCCUCGGCUGGCUUUGGCAACAACAGACUGGCUACCGGUUUCCGCACAGCACCUCCCCCGGCCGCUUCUCAUGAGUCGCAAUCCGGUCCAAGCGAGGGUGAUGGUCCAUUCGACCCUGAAAUAACCUCAGGAGAAUCCAGAGAUGAUGCUAUCGAGAUUUCUGACGAUGAGCAAGAACAGUCCGACGACGGGGGUAUGGUCAUUAACAUUGACCGUCCCCAACAUCACUCGUUCUCUGAUGAUAUGGAUCUUGAUUAUGACGGGAAGGAAGAGGAGCAAGAAAGCGAAGAAGACGAAGAAGAAGAAAAAGAAAGAUUUACGCAAUCAGAGAGGGAUGAAGGGGAUGAGGGAGAUAUUGAAUCUGAAACGUCUACAAGAGAGACAACUCAACCCCUCUCUUCUACCGGACGGGAUGCUCACGACCAGUUACAGGGCGAUCUCGAAAAAUUUUUCAGCACCGUCUCCGGCGAACUCCUAACCCAUCCCACAGCCGCCGACGCCCGAGUACAAUCAAGCCCAUGCCUUGCAGAUCUGAGCCCAGACAAGCUUGAGCUUCAACUGAAAUACGCUUUCUUCCACGUCAGUCGCAAAGAUGUUGAUCUCAAUCAGCCUGCUGUUUGCCUGAGUUGUCUCCAAAGCGGACAUACCGAGCCGAACUGUCCCGAAGUGACAUGCAUUCAUUGCUCUGCUCAGCACUCUAGCCGUCUUUGCCCUCUGCUCCAGCGGUGCUCGACAUGCCGUGAUCGUGGACACACUGCUAAGUCUUGCUCCACAGGCUUGAAAGUCACUACGAUACCUUGUGAUAUCUGUGGAACCUCAAGCCAUUUGGAGCAAGCAUGCCCUCAGCGAUUUUUUCCUUCUUACGGCAUAUCAGACAGCGGCCCUGCCAAGCUCUGGAUUUCCUGCUGUAUAUGCGCAAGCACGUCUCAUUUGGUGGGCGAUUGUCCCCGAGUGAACAAAGGCGCAGCAACAAGGUGGUCCCUGAAAUCACUUGCUCCCAAACAGAUUGUCAACUUGACUCUCGAGCCGAGUACUAGGCAAAGGGAAAAAGAAACGGUCAAUCGUGGUUUACGGCCAGAAGGGCUCAAGAUUAAAGGUCGUGCCGCCCCUCGCCGCAGUGCACGCGUCGCCAGUGCAAAACAACAAUUUGAUACUUCCGACAGCGACGAGCAGUUCCUGAAGCCAAGAAUUGAAAGCCGUGGCAAUGCAAAUCGUGGCAAUUUAACAUUCGCAACGCGGCCACCGAAAGAUCCGCUUCCACCACCCUCGACCAUGCCGAAGAAGGUGGUACUCACGCAGUUUCUCGCAGCGAUAAAUCGGCAAAGGCAGGCAGCUGGCAACAGCCAGCUCGAGCUGGUCUACGACAACAGAGCGUAG